AGUAAAGUGAUAAAUAUAAAUAUUCUAUUGUCCUGAUUGUAGUUAAAAUCCACGAAUAUUACAGACAUUGACAAAAAAUGAAUCUUACCGUGGCACGACAAAAAUUCUCCCUCGCCGGAAUUCGUUAGUGUUGCACAUCCGUCAAACAACUCGUGUGACAGUAACCUAGAAAAUUGGCGGUUACAACAAACUAGUGUGCUGCAUUUGCCCAAAAUUUUCAAAAAUGGCCUCAAAACUGCCGCCCAAGAAGUCGCAGAGCAGUGGGCCCCCAUUCGUAGGCAUCAGGUUUUGUCAAGAAUGCAACAACAUGCUGUACCCGAAAGAGGACAAGGCGAAGAAAAUACUGUUGUACGCAUGCAGGAAUUGCAAUUACAAACAACGAGCCGAUUCCAACUGCAUCUUUGUCAACAGAAUUAUGCACGAAAUUAACGAAUUGUCUCACAUUGUGCCGGACGUCAUCUCCGAUCCGACCAUGCCGAAGGCUGACAAUCGUCCGUGCCCAAAAUGUACCAACAGGGAAGCUGUGUUCUUUCAAGCACAGACCAGACGAGCUGAGGAAGAAAUGAGGCUCUAUUACGUAUGCACAAAUGCACUAUGUGUUCACAGGUGGACUGAAUAAUACAUAUAUUUCAUGUUAAGAUAAGUAACAUAUUUUUCACUUAUAAC